UUCAGCGAACACUGCGUGCUGUGCAAGGAGCAGGCACUUGGACAACACAGAAAUCCUGUACGAGCACACGAUGAAUACAUUUUUGCUAGUAGUAUUAGUUGUGGGUUUUGUGAAGCGGUCGUUCGAGUGUUCUUGUAUGCCUUCACACCCCCAAGAGCAGUUUUGCAGAGCGGAUUUCGCAAUCCGUGUGAAAGUCAUUGACGGACCCAAAGAGGAACUGCCCGAGAAUUACCCUAAAGGAGUGCCGGUCGCGUUUUUCGUCAAGCAAGUCUACACGGUGCGCAUUACAAAGUUCUACAAAGGGAAGUACGCAGUUAACGCUACGGGGAAACUCGAUACAUAUGGCACUCGGGGACGACUGCUUAAAAUCAAAAUUUAUACCCCGUCAAAAGCAAGUUCUUGCAGUGUUAGAUUCAGGAAGUUUAAGACCUAUAUAAUGGUCGGGUCUAUUUAUAGAAAGAAAUUGAACGUCGCUUAUUGUGACUUCUGGAAGGAAUGGGGAAGAAUCACGAAGAAAUUGCGGUCGGGCUUCGCGCGGAAAUUUGCACGAAGUUGUGAGUGUAAAGUAACACAGUGUUACGGCAUGGGCUGCGGUAGCUUGAAGGACCCAUACGCAUGCGCGCUGGAUGUAUCCUCUGGACGCUUGAAGAAUACCUGCAGGCACAGGUAUCAGUACUGUGAACUUAGCAAAGAUGGGAAGAAGUGCUCGUGGAACACGAAUCUUUUGUAUCGGAAGUGCAUAUCCAGGAUUCCUUAACAGAGUAUCGGAUUGUGAACUGUACUGAUCUAAUUGACUUUAAAGUGUUAUCAAAUAUAUUUAAGGGGCUAGGACACACAUUGCGCAUUCAGCUUUGCGCAAUGGUAUAUAAACUUAGUUUUAACCUAACUUAGCUUAAAAGUUAAAUCUGUUGUCCAUGUUAUGACAUUCCGGUCACAGGAGAGAGCUAAGACCGCUGGGUAUCUGAGCAUGCGCAACGCCGUGAGAACCUUUGUUUCCAAGGUGUUCUGGAGUUAUGAAACUCGCGUUGCUUUUGAUAUUCUAUCAAGAAGACAACGAUCUGCGAGCAACAAACGCUUUCAGUUCUGCAUAUGAUAUCAGACGGGUUGAUAAAACUUUUGUAUCAGGCAACAAGCGGUAGGAAAAUAAGUCUUUCUACCCUUACUCUUAUAUACAAAGGCAAGCCUAAGGGUGCAAAUACAAAAUAUAAUAAAAAAAUGUAGACGGU